GCUCUUGUCCUUAAAUUUGGUGUAGUAGCAAGUCUGCAAGUUGUCUGAGUGUGAGUGCAGUCUUGUCUAGUCUGCCUAACCUUAUUCACGGUAAUUCAAGUAAUCAAGGAGCUCAAAAUAUCAUUAAAGUUUUGAAGAGGGUGUUAGUGUAAUGUGACAUUAAAAUACUGCCCUUUCACAUUUGGACGCUUGAGGACUCUGGGAAGAAUUUGGAGCCUGUUUGCCCUAGGGGCGUGCAUGAGCCCCGCCGUACUGUUCUUUACCUUCGGCUCUGCUGUGGGCCGGGCGGAAGAGGAUCGGGAAAAGUAGCACUCGCAGCGAGCUAGUGAGGCUCGUUCAGGAAGAACGGACAGUGCCGGCAGUACCCCAAUCCCUGCCCGCACGCCCACCCCGCGCCGGGGAAGGGUGUUCCCGGGGCGGGCGAAGGGCGGGAAGGGGGGCGGGUUAUCGGGAGGGAAAAGCCACGACUGUCGGUGCAGAUCGAGCUCGCAUCCAGCGCCGGCGGUCGGGGCUCCUCGUCUGCCUGUGGCCAUGGGGCUGCAGCCCCGGCGCGCCGCGGGCCCCUGCCCGCCCGCGGGGAGAGGCGCCGCUCUGCCCGGAGCGCGCCCCACGGCUCCCUGGGCCCGCAGCGAUGAGCCGGAGGGAGCUCCCGGCCGCACCGCCACCCUGCCGCCUCUCCUGCCGGCCCCCACGGCUUCCUCCGCUGCCGCCCGGCUGCAGCCCAAGAAGCCGCCGGCGGCCGCCUCGGCUCCCAAGAAGGCAGCGCCGCGGCCCGCGGAGGAGAAGGCACCGAGGAAGGCGCGGGGAGCGCCCCCGGAGCGGCCAGGUCCCCUCUCCAGCUCCUGGCCCUGCUCGUCCCUGCAGCGGCCGCCGCCACGGAGGGUGCCGGCUGAGCGGGGAGCGCGGCCCCAGCCCGCCCCGCCGCAGGCGCGGGGGCGCCCGGGGGCGGGCAGCCGCUCCUGUGAGAGCCUCGGCGGGGGACCGGGGGAGGCGGCGGGGCGCUUCUCUCUCAGCCUGCCCCCGGAGGCGAUUCGAGUGCUGCAGCGCCGCAGCCUGGAGCGACAGCGGGGGCAAAUCACCCCCGCGCCCGGCGGCAGAGCGACCCUGGCCCGGCGCGGCGGCGGCGACCUGCGCGCCCUGCUGAAGGUUUCGCUGCUCAACGACCAGCACCGCUACGACGACGAGGAGUAUGAGGAGGAGGAGGAGGCGGGGGCGGCAGCAGACGAGGGGCUGGUGCGGAAAUGCACUGAGUGGCUGCGCGGCGUGGAGAAAGCGGUCGGCCGCGACCACCCCGAGCGGCUGGAGACGCUGCCGCACCUCGGCACCCUCUGAGCCGCCCCGGGACCGGGGCCGGGGGAGCGGCGCGGAGGGGCCUCCGGUUCGAGAGGUGGGGCCGCCGUCUGCAGCAGUCAUAGCCUUUGUCGUGCCGUCGGCGCCGGGGGUCCCGCCGUGGGGCUGUUCGCAGAGCCCCCCGUCCUGGAGCCGAUGUGGGGGGCGGCGCCACCGCUGGGGCGAGGGACAAAGGAGCGGCGACGGCCGGUGCUCGGAGGGAGGGCAGCUGGCUUUGGGCAUCCUGCCUCCACCCUUGGGGUUUUUUUUUAAGACUUACGAGUACUUUAUAAGAUGUGCGUAAUGGUUUUGUAUAUUUGUACAUAAAAGUUCAUUUUUAUUUAUUUGAAUAAAUGACUCCUGUGUUGCGGUA